CUGACAGUUAACAAAUAGACAUAGAUCUUUUCCAUUUAACAUUUUGUGUUCUAUGUAGUAAAGACUGUUAUCAUUGUAUUCUGUUGUUUGAAAUCGCGUUUUAAUAGUUUUUGUACUCAUAGUGCGAUAUUAAUAAUGUUUACAUCACUGGGCCUGGCGUAAGAGAAGCAUGUAUGACAGUACAUGCGGAGCCGCCGCCAGCGGGCAGUGCGGUAAGGCGCAGCCCGACGGGGACGGGCCACCGCCGCGCGAGCCUCCACCAGCGCCCCUCGAGCGAGAUUACAGCGGGUUCGAUAUCGUCAAGGCGACACAGUACGGCGCGUUCCUACGCGUCAAGGAGCUAGUCGAGGCAGGAUGGGAUGUGAAUCAGCCGGAUCGCGAGACCGUCACGCUGCUCCACUGGGCCGCGAUCAACAACAGGCGCGAGAUCAUCCAGUACCUACUGGCAAAAGGCGCGGCCGUGGACGCGAUCGGCGGCGAGCUGCAGUCGACGCCGCUACACUGGGCGACACGCCAGGGCCACCUCGAGGCCACGGUGCUGCUGGUGCGCGCCGGCGCCGACCCCACGCUGCGCGACGCCGAGGGCUGCGCGUGCUUGCACCUGGCGGCGCAGUUCGGCCACACGGCCGUCGUGGCGUACCUGGUGGCGCGCGGCGUGGCGCCGGACGCGGCCGACGCGGCGGGCAUGACGCCGCUCAUGUGGGCGAGCUGGAAGGUGGCGGCCGUCGACCCCGCGCGCCUGCUGCUCACGCUCGGCGCCUCCACGCGCCCCACCGACCGCUCGCACGGCAAUACUGCGCUGCACUGGGCCAUCCUCGCCAGAAACACCACUGCUAUUUCUACACUCAUUCUCUACGGUGAUGCCAGCCUGGAUGUGCCAAACCUCAGAGGAGUCACUCCGCUGGCUAUGCUCCAGAGCAGUGCAGACUCCCUCUGGGUCGGCUCCAAAGUGUCUGACAAAAUUAAAGAGCACACUCUUGCUACAAACAAGAGGAAUAUAUUUAGAAGAUUAACAUAUGACAAGAAGUUCAGGUGGUGGUGUGUGGUGGUGAUGCCGUUCCUGGCCUUCUACUUGACCGGGCUAGUCCUGGAGAUGGAGGCACUUUACAUAUUGAAGCUAUUCAUUCUUAUAUGUUUUUUUGCACUUCUUCACUUUGUUUCAAAUUUGCUAUUUGAUGAUGAACUUAAGAACAUAUUUCCACUCAGUGUAUACUUAGCCACCAAGAUAUGGUUCUACAUAACGUGGGCGGUGUUCGUGUGGAGCGCGGUGAGCGGCGCGGCCACGCUGGGCUUCCUGCUGAGCUCGGCCGCGCUCUGGUACACCUUCCUGCGCUCGUGGCGCAGCGACCCCGGCGUCAUCACCGCCUCCAAGGCCGACAAGUUCCGAACGAUAAUCGAGCUGUCGGAGUCGUCGCGCGGCGGGUUCGAGCCGGCGCGGUUCUGCUCGGCGUGCCUGGUGCGGCGGCCGCUGCGCUCCAAGCACUGCUCCGUCUGCAACCGCUGCGUCGCCAAGUUCGACCACCACUGCCCCUGGGUCGGCAACUGCAUCGGUGCCAACAACCACCAGUACUUCCUGGGGUUCCUGGCGAGCUUGGUGAUAAUGUGCUGCUGGAUGCUGUGGGGCUGCACGCACUGGCUGCUGGCGGAGUGCGAGGGCGACGGCGGCGGCGGCGUGCUCGGCAGCGCGCUGCUGUGGCCGCAGUGCAACGCCUGGCUCGUGUGGGUCAUGCUCAACGCCGCCUUCCACCUGUUCUGGGUGAGCGUGCUGCUGUGCUGCCAGCUGUACCUGGUCGUGUGCCUGGGCAUGACGACCAACGAGCAGCUGAACCGCGGCCGCUACCGGCACUUCCAGGCGCGCGGCGGCCGGUCGCCGUUCUCGCGCGGGCCGCUCAACAACUGCGCGGACUUCUUCCAGUGCCGCCUGUGCGGGCUGCUGGCGCCGCGGCCGCGCGACUGGGCCGACCCCGACGCGGACGCCGCCGCCGCCGACGACGCCGACGCCGACGCCGACGCCGACACGCAGCCCAUGCUGCGCGACCACCACUACGUGUGAGUGGCGGCCGCCGCCCCGCCCCCGUACCCGAGCGCCCUCUAGGCCGCCCGAGCCCCUAUAGUGCCAUCGAAGCGGCAGCGGACCGCUCUCGGGGAUCGCGAAGCUACUUUUUUUUUUGUAGCCGUGUCU